UGCGGGAGAGCCAGUCCAUGUCAAUCCCUGGGGGUGUCUGAACAAUUGGAAAAAUGAAUGUUGUGUUGCUGAGCAUAAUCCUGGGCCUGAUCUCAGAGUCUGAUGCAGGAGAAAAGAUUCCCAUUAAGCUGGACUUUGAUAUUUCCAAGUUUGUAGGUCAGUGGUAUUUUGUAGGCAUUGGAAUGAAACCAGGUGAUGAUAUCUCAGAUAUUAUAAAUCCUGUCUAUGUAACACCAGAGAACUGCCACCUACAAGUUAAAUUUCUAAUCUUCAAGGAUGGGGAAUGUGUUUCAUAUAAAUUCGAGGCAAGAAGGACGUUAAUUGGAGGGAAUUUCCGAUUGUCUGAAGAGAAACAGUUGACUGUGAUGGACACAGAUUAUUCACACACUGCUAUAUACAUGACCAUCCAUAGGAAUAGAUAUGAAGUUCGUCAAUACAUAACCUACCUCAGUAGAACUCCAGAAGUAUCCAAGAGAGGCUUGGAGAUGUACCAGCGUCUUGUUGAUCUGGCAGGAUUAGAAAAUCACUCCCUGAUCCAAUUUAGGAAUAAGAGUCCGUGUAUCACCCAGUGAUGUGGUGAAAACAGAGCUCUCAUGCCCUGUGGAAUCUCCUUCAGCCAUUGUGAGAGAAGUAACAAUCCUGACUUCACUCUUCAGGCUCCUUCUCCUCCUUCCACCUCUUAAUUCUGACUCCUGCCAGGAAAUUCUGAUCCCCUCUUUCCCUCCCUCUUUGGCCUCUCUCUCCAUCCCCCCUCUCCAAGACACUCCCUGUAUGGGCUCCUUCUUACUUUUGCGAUGGGAUUUCCCUCUCAGGGCUAAAUAAAUUGAUCCAGUUUUCCUGUU